UGCAAGAAGACGUAGGAAAGGAAGACAAGAGUGUUGGAACAUUCAAAGAAAUAGAGAUUGCUGUUUGUUUUGGUUUAUUUCACUCUGUUUUUAGCUUUGAAUGUAUCUUGGAGAAUCUUGACCUGGGAAUCUUGAAUCAUGCCACGUUCAGAGCUGCGGAAAGAGCGCUCACGUGAUGCAGCUCGCUCCCGCCGUAGCCAAGAGACGGAGGUCUUCUACCAGUUGGCGCAUACGCUACCCCUGCCUCGGGGUGUGACUUCUCACCUGGAUAAGGCUGCCAUCAUGAGGCUGACUCUGAGCUUUCUACGCAUGAAGAGCAUUUUGCAGAAUGAUUCCUGCCGAAAAGCAGAAGACGAUGUAGAUGGUUACUACUUAAAUGCCAUUGCAGGAUUUGUAAUGGUUCUGUCCUCUGAGGGUGACCUGAUCUAUUUAUCUGAAAAUGUCAGCAAGCACCUUGGUGUGCCACAGCUGGAGUUGGUUGGUCAAAGUAUUUUUGACUUUGUUCAUCCUUGUGACCAGGAGGAACUUCGGGAUAUCCUGACUUCAAGACAUGGCUAUUUAAAGAAAAAGAAUUCUCAGAAUCAGGAUGUUCAGACUGAAAGAAAUUUCUUCUUAAGGAUGAAGAGUACUCUAACCAGCAAUGGCCGUACAGUGAAUCUUAAAUCAGCAACAUGGAAGGUACUUCAGUGUUCUGGACAUCUGCGCACUUACCACACUGAAGAGGAUUCUACAAAAGAGGGCUUCACUCAGAUACCUCUCACCUGCCUUACGUUGAUUUGUGAGCCUAUCCCACAACCGUCCACUAUUGAUUUUCCCCUGGACAGCAGAACUUUUCAAAGCCGUCAUACCAUGGAUCUUAAGUAUACACAUUGCGAAGACAGAGUCUUUGAGUUGCUGGGUUAUCAGCCAGAGGAUCUGAUUGGACGGUCUGCCUAUGAGUAUCAUCAUGCCCUUGACUCUGAUCACAUAACCAAGAGCUUCCACAUCUUGCUUUCUAAAGGCCAGGUGUCCACUGGCCACUAUCGCUUCCUUGCCAAGAAUGGUGGUUUUGCAUGGGCCGAAACUUGUGCAACAGUCCUGUACAACAGAAAGAGUUCCCAGCCAGAAGGGGUGACCUGUUUGACUUUCAUACUAAGUGGCCUGGAGGAGACCGAUAUUGUUUUCUCAGUUGAGCAGACUUUCCGAAUUAUGAAGCUGAAGAAGGAGCCUGGCAGCCUCGAUGAAGAUGAAAAUAAAGAAAAUUGUCUCUUCCUGAAAACGAGUGAGACUACAGAGGAGCAUACAGGAAUGGCCACAACCUUAGGAAAUAACAGUGUGUCUCUUCCAGAUUAUGUACAGCCCAAGGAAUUGUCUUUCUCCCGGGCUCCCAAUGAUUCUUUACCUGAGUCUCCCCAAGACCUGUGCACUCCUGAACUCCGACAGUUGCUUGCUCCAAUCUUUGAAAAGAAUGUCAGUGAGGAUUCUGGAAUUGGGUCUCCACCCAGCACAUUUAUGUCAUCUCCGAGAAGUGUUGAUGAACAGCCUUUUGAUAUGGAUGAAAUUGAAAAGUUUUUUGCUAACAAAAAGGAGAGUGAAAUGGCAGCAUAUGCAGGAGUUCCACAGGAUGAGCCUUUGGAUCUGGACAUGCUGGCCCCCUACAUCUCUAUGGAUGAUGAUUUCCAGCUUAACUUUUUGAGUCACCUUCCUGAACCUCUGUCUCCUAAUGCAGAGUCACACACUGUUAGCCGAAGUAAUGCAAAAAAACGAGCUCUGGAAGAAGAAGGUGAUUUAAGUUCAAAAAAGAUGGCUUGGGAAAAACCAGACCUAGAUUCAGAAGGUGAACCAGUGCUGCUGAAAGAUGCCCUUCUGGGCUACAUGGUAGAUGAUGAUGAUGAUCAGGACAGUCUGCUGAUAGUCAAUCAAACCAAAAGCAUUUUGGAUGCUGGCGAUUCAUUAGAUGGAGUGAGAAGCUUAUGCCAUGCUGCAGCAUUGAUGAGCGAUUUCCUGACCAAUAGCCAGAUGGAUGAUGGGGAUUGUUUGACCUGAUUCAACUUUUUCACGACAGCUUUGUUUAGGAUUUGGAUUGGAUGCUAAGUUUUCUACUCAUCGCUUCUGGCGCACAGAACAUUGUAAACCUCAGCUAAUCCACUCAGUUAGCCUGACACAGUGCCUAAAUAUCAGCAAUAUAUAUUGAGCCAUCUGUGCUUGUUCUGGGGGUGCUCAGAUUGGACAGGAAACAGCCAUCAAGAAAGUUGUACAAUUGUAUGUCGCUGUAUGUUUUUAAUGAUGCCUUGGAUCAGAGGUUAAUUAAUUUGAUGGGGGGGGGGGGGGGUUUGGGGGGGUUGGACAUGUAUUUUUACUUAGUCUUCACAUUUUGGUGCCCUACAACUUCAUGCAGAAAGUACUUUUUUUUUCCUUGACCAAAUGCACAUUUACAGAACAUUUUUGGUACGUGUCUUCAGAUCUAAACAAGUUGCAAGAAACGGAGAAUGUGAUGUGCAGUAUUCUCUGUGGCCAUUUCCUGUUGAAUGUGACCUUCCCCAGAUUACACAGGGAUUUACAGAAUUUAGAGAUGUUUGAACAACUCUCUUUUCUGUUGGGUUUUAAAAAAAAAAAAAGGAAAAAGAUUCCGAAUUCAUCAUCAGUCAGGCAAGCCAAUUGUCACAACGCACAGAAACCAAUAAUUGCAUAGAAGCAAAAAAAAAAAAUAAAAGUCUAACAUAAAGAUCCAGACUCCAAUUUCGGUGCUGCUUACAGCGACCACUUAUAAAGACUCUUUAUUGAAGAUCUCUCCCAGGAUAUAUAUGCAAGUGGUCUUUAUAAGCAGCCCGUUUUUCCUCCCUUUUAUUGCUUUCUUAGAGUAGAGGGAAAUUGCACAAUUUUUAACGAUCAUUCAUGCAAAAGUCAUGUAAGUUGAAUGUUAAAAAGCAUUGUUUCAAAGCAGGCUUUCUAUGUUAAAUAUUUUACAGUGUAAGAAAUUAACAGUGGCAUCAUUUUUGUAAUGUUUUUCAUGAUAUUGAAUUUAUUUUAGGUUUUUGUAUUUUUAGUAUUCUAAACUCUUGUGACUGAUACAAAGAAAAUCUAAAGCAUAUGUAGAGUCAAUCUGUAUGUUGUACGGGAGAAUGAGGGGCUACUGGUUUUAUUCAGAAGUCAUAACAAUGAGUUUUUAAAUGUCUUUUCAGGUUUUUAUUAGGACAUUUUUUUCUCUCUCUCCUUUAAGGUAACAGUCCACAUUAGCAGUUUUUGGGUGUUAGUUGUGAGCCUGGCACUAAGACGACACGCACAAUCACGUCAGGUCAAUUCCCUGGACAUCUAGAAAAUCAGGUUUUUUUUAUAUUGUGGAAAGCAUAAAUCACACUGCUAGUGAAUGUAGGGAAAGAAUGUUUUACAGACAUUCACAUUGGAUAUUUUAUAUAUGUAUGCAAACUUUUUUUUGGUGGGGGGGGGGAAUGUUCUGUACUGUAUGCGGAAUUAGCAUAUACCUUUUAUUGUAUCAUGAUUCCUAAGUAGAGUUUCAUACAUUUGCUUAUGUUAAAGUAAAAACAGAGAGAAGGUGCUAAGGAAAAGUCGCUAAAUCUUAUCUGUGUUGUUUUGGUGACAGUGCGCUUUUGUGCUUAACCCGGACAGCAUUUCCAUUCUUGAGAACACAUUAGGAGGCUGGCCCAGCGUAAUCUCCCAUCAGUUAAAGGUGCUGUUUCCAUUUUGUUUGAAUUUUUUUUACAUAUUUUUCUUUAAAAAAAAAAAAAUAAAGCCAUUUUAUACUAUGCCUGCAGGUAGGUGAAUGAGUUCAAAAUCUGUAGUGCAGAAUAGUGACGCUAUUAUUACUUUGAUAACUUAUGAUGUAGCAUUUAUUCUUCUUGUGUCCAUCAGUUUGGAAUUUUUUUUUUUUUAGUGUUCUGUUGAUUAAUGUUGAGCAAUGUGAAAGCCGAGUGCAGCCAUGUUAUUCCAAGCGCAUGUGCCUCUUAAAUUCAGAGAGGCGAAAUUGGAUAUAUGUUAGACCAACUUCAAUCAAAAUGAUUUUAGUAAAUCUCCUGCCAUGGCUCUGAUAUCCAUCCAUCCAUUUUCCAACCCGCUGAAUCCGAACACAGGGUCACGGGGGUCUGCUGGAGCCAAUCCCAGCCAACACAGGGCACAAGGCAGGAAACAAUCCCGAGCAGGGUGCCAACCCACCGCAGGGCUCUCAUAUCUGUAAGGGAUAGUGUCAGAGCAAUGCACGUCGCUCCAGUUGAGCUUAAAUGAAUAAAAGCAAAUCCUGUUCUUCCAUUUUUGGAGUAGAGUAGCAGUGUUCGCUUUGGUAUUUCCGAUCGGUGGCAGAUGCAUGUAGCAGGGUCAGUCGUGAGACGCUAUAAGUGGUUCUCACCCCAGGGCUUGAGUGGUGCCUGUAGAGUGUUCAGCUUAAAUUUUAAAACUUAAUAUCCUUGGAUGGGGUGGAGAGGGGAAAACACAUUUGCCAACCUGUGCCCUUUAAAAAGUGCACUACCCACUCUUUACAUAGAACAAAUCUGGCCACAUAAUGCAGAGUGCAAGAUGUCCAGGUAGAAAAGGUAGACAUUUUCUCUUCACACUUUAAAAUCCCAUUUGAGAUGCCAGUGUGCAGUCCCACAAAGCAGGGUCUUGAGCCGAAAACACUCGACUCUAUAAGAGUGUGUUGGCAAUGUCAUUACCAGGUAAGCUGAAGGUGCACAUGUGAUAGGGAAACUCUCUAGGUAAUGGCGGAUGGGAGUGAGCAGUUAGUUUUCUGAGCUGUGCCCUUUUCUAUAAUGCUGUCAGUUCCCACGAGAUCCUGUCUGAUUUCGAUAACAGGAGUUGAUUGUGUGUUCUGUUCUCGCCAGUUGGCGCGCAGUGUUCUUCAUUAACCUCUGCGACUCCCAAGCAGCCAAACAGAAGGAAACAAUUUUCAGUGUUAUUUCGCACAUAUCUUUCAGUGUCAUUUUUAAACCUCACUCUUUUUGGUACAAAGGGUUUUGCACACUUCAUUGUUUUACCUCAAAGAAAGCAAACGUGUCUAUACUGCAUUACUGCAUUCAGCACAUCUUGUUUUCCUAAAAGAGCCUUAAAUGUUCUUAUUGAGCUUUCUUCACGGAGCGUGCAAAACUCCUUCAACUUCGGCAGCCCUUCAGCUGUUGGGGGUCACAGCUCUGUAAAGGUUUGGGAGGCACUGCACGUACAAGCUGAUAUCCUGAGCUCUGUUUGACAUUUCUGUUUAUUGUCCCUUGUGGUGAAUGUCUUUUUUUUUUUGUAUAUACAUCAAUAAAAUAGCACUACAAAUGA